AUGGAGUCCCGUGAGUGUCCCCAGGGUCGUCAUGUUAAAACAGGCCAGCUUGCUGCUAUUAAGGUUAUGGACGUCACCGGGGAUGAAGAGGAAGAGAUCAAACAAGAAAUUAACAUGCUGAAGAAGUAUUCUCACCACCGAAAUAUUGCUACUUAUUAUGGUGCUUUUAUUAAAAAGAACCCACCGGGAAUGGAUGAUCAGCUCUGGCUGGUGAUGGAGUUCUGCGGUGCGGGCUCCGUCACCGACCUCAUCAAGAACACGAAGGGGAACACCUUGAAGGAGGAGUGGAUCGCCUACAUCUGCAGAGAGAUUUUAAGGGGCUUGAGUCAUCUACACCAGCACAAAGUAAUUCAUCGAGACAUCAAGGGACAGAAUGUGUUGCUGACGGAAAAUGCAGAAGUUAAACUAGUGGAUUUCGGUGUCAGCGCUCAGCUGGACAGAACGGUGGGCAGGAGGAACACCUUCAUCGGAACGCCUUACUGGAUGGCCCCCGAGGUCAUCGCCUGCGAUGAAAACCCCGAUGCCACUUACGACUUCAAGAGCGACCUGUGGUCUUUGGGCAUAACAGCCAUCGAGAUGGCAGAAGGCGCUCCCCCUCUCUGUGACAUGCAUCCCAUGAGAGCCCUCUUCCUCAUCCCCCGCAACCCGGCCCCGAGGUUGAAAUCAAAGAAGUGGUCUAAAAAGUUUCAGUCCUUCAUCGAGAGCUGCCUAGUGAAGAACCACAGCCAGAGACCAACCACGGAGCAGCUGAUGAAGCAUCCCUUCAUCCGAGACCAGCCCAACGAAAGGCAGGUCCGCAUCCAGCUCAAGGACCACAUCGACAGGACUAAAAAGAAGCGAGGCGAGAAAGAUGAGACAGAGUAUGAGUACAGUGGAAGUGAGGAGGAGGAGGAGGAAAAUGACUCUGGAGAGCCCAGCUCCAUCCUAAACCUGCCCGGGGAGUCGACGCUGAGACGGGAUUUCUUGAGGCUGCAGCUGGCGAACAAGGAGCGGUCGGAGGCGCUGCGCCGGCAGCAGCUGGAGCAGCAGCAGCGGGAGAACGAGGAGCACAAGCGGCAGUUGCUGGCCGAGCGGCAGAAGCGGAUCGAGGAGCAGAAGGAGCAGAGGCGAAGGCUGGAGGAGCAACAGAGGCGGGAGAAGGAGCUGCGGAAGCAGCAGGAGCGGGAGCAGCGGCGGCACUACGAGGAGCAGAUGCGGCGGGAGGAGGAGCGGCGGCGUGCGGAGCACGAGCAGGAGUACAUCAGGCGACAGUUAGAGGAGGAGCAGAGACAGUUAGAGAUCCUGCAGCAGCAGUUGUUGCAGGAGCAAGCGCUACUUCUGCAGCAGCAGCAGCAGCGGCAGGACCAGAGGCCGGCAGAGAAGAAACCCCUCUAUCAUUACAAAGAAGGGAUAAAUGCCAGCGAGAAACCAGCAUGGGCCAAGGAGGUGGAGGAGCGCUCCCGGCUCAAUCGCCAGAGCUCGCCGGCCAUGCCCCAUAAGGUGGCCAACAGGAUUUCUGACCCCAACCUGCCUCCCCGGUCGGAGUCUUUCAGCAUUAGUGGCGUGCAGCCCGCCCGGACCCCACCCCUGCUCCGACCCGUGGACCCGCAG